GAACACGCUCGAGCAUGACUUGACUGUGUUCAAAUACAUCGGCCACAUAUAAGCCACUUGUAGACUACUUCAAAAGUGCUGGAUUGUCUUUGAGCGCAUAUGUCUGGUAUUUCCAGCGCCACCUAGGAAUUUCUCGUGUUUGAGUCCAGUUUGCGUCAGGUCCGCCUCGCUGGCCUUUCCAGGCCUUUCCAGAUCUUCCCAGCAAUUGCUCUUUCAUAGUGCCCAUCAUGCAAUUCUUAUCCCAUGGCGAAAACAAUGACGGCCACCUGCUGCUGGCCGGCAUGCCUUUGCCAACUCCUGCCGGCGUCAUAGUGGGAGGAGAAGACCGCGGUGCUGAUGUAGCCUCCCUGGCGUCCAGCUUUCGUAUGCGUAUGGCAGCGCUGACGAGCGCUGCGUCUCCGGCGCCAGCGGCCUCACAACAACCACGGGGCACGCCAGGAGGUCGGAUCAUGUUUGUGAAUGAUACCGCUCCCACUCCCACUCAGCACGUGAGCGACCAGCAAAACGUUCAGCUGCUGGAGCGCAAGUGGAGGUCUCUGUCACAGAGCAUGCGCGGCAACGCGCAGGCCGCGGCGGAUGUGCUAAUGAAGCAGGCACAAGCCACCAGUCAACUGGAUGAAAUGCUGCAGCUGAUGUUCAUCCAGCUCAGGUCAGUCUCGGACGACCGGGCACGACUGCAGCAGCAGCUGCUGCAUGAGCGCAGUGCGGCGGCGGCACAGGCGGAGGAGCUGGCAGCGCUGCAGCAGCGGCAGCAGAUCAGCGAGCACCGCACCGCCACUGUGAAGGUGGUCACGGACUCGCUUCAGGGCCAACUCGCUCAGGCGCGGGAUGCGCUUGCGACCAGCCAACGCGAGAACGAGCAUUUGAAGGAGCAGCUCAGGGAGCUGGAGGAGCAGCUGUCGGUGACGAGCGAGUGCCGCAUGCGCGGAGACACCAUCAUAUCGGAACAGGUGGCAGUGCUGGAGGCGCUGCGGCAGCAGCUGGAGGACAAGGCAUCUACGGCCGUGGUGCUGGCCGAGGACAAGGCGGCGCUGGAGGCCCAGCUGCAGGGUGUGCUCCAGGCGGAGCAGGAGCUGACGGUGCACCUGCGCGAGACACACACCGCCAUCGAGGGCCAGCUCAGCACUCUGAGGGAGCAGCUCAAGACCGAGCGACAGAAGCGGGCUGCGGUUGUGAAGCGGCGCGGGGAGCUGCAGGUGCAGGUGGAGCAGCUGCAGGCGCAGGUGGCCUCGCAGCAAGCGGAGAUGGCUACGCUUGCGGAGCGGAUUGGGCGGGGAGGCGGUGGCAUUCAUCAUUUGUCGGCGAGUGCGCGGAGCUCCACACCAUCAAGCAAGCAUGCCCACACGACACAGCAGCGCCCAAUGACAUCCGGGUCUACGCAGGCGGUGCGGCCCGCCGCAGCGGUUGUGGCUGUGCCGGCUGGCCGGAGUCCCUCUCCAAUUGCGGGGUGGGGGCAGCAACGCUUGCGUGCGCCCCUGCGGCCACUGGCCAACUCCGUGGCAAAUGCAGCAGCAGCAGCAGUACAUUCAACUGGCAGCCAGAACAGCAGUGCAGAACGGGCCGCAACGCGUGCGGGAAGCAGCAGGCAGGAGGACGAGCCGCGGUCACCGGCGGGCAUGCGGCAGGAACCCAACACCGCAUCUAUUGCGCAGUCUCCGGCAGCUGUGUCCAUCCCCAUGUCAGUUAGUGGCGCCGCGCCCCCUGGUGAGGCCCAGGCCAUGCAAGGCAUGGCAGCUAAGGAGGACCACAAGCAAGUGGGGUCCUUCGAACCGCCGUCACCACCAAUCCACCUGGCAGCAGCUCACGGGUACGACGCACAGCCAACGUCAUCAGCCCCCCGGCGGCGUUCGAUUUCGCCUCGACGCGGCGCGGGGCCCAAACCCCACUCGUGGCUGCCGUGAAGGCGCAACCAGCACAUGGUCCUGGUGUGCGGUUCAUACGGUGCAUGCCUUGCCAGCAACGCCAGCAACCCUUCGCAUCAAGUUUUGGGUGGAAUGUCCAAGGGCAAAUACGGUAGAUUACUGAGGCUGCGGUGUGCGAGGUGGGCUGGUAGCGUGCAUGCUUCGCGGCUUCACAACUAAAGAGUGCAUUGUUUGAUAGUGCCAGAGCCUUUCGCUGCGGGUUUUGGGCUGAGCCCCCUGAGCGAAGCCAUCCAGGGGGCAACAGUACAGUGAUUCGGCAAGGAGGCGCGUACGGUACGCGUAACAAGGGUAUACUGGCCGGUAAUGGUGUUCUGGGGCUUCCAAUGCCCUUGCCGUAUAAUCUGACAAGGCUACAGAUUCCAUGUGUCGAAUCCUACGAGCAUACUACUUGAAUGUUCCAGGGUGCGGGGACGGCUGGGCACUGGGGACGGAUUGAUUGACAGGUUGACGGUUGGGACAGCUCAUGUGCGCUCUCCUCUUCCUCCCCGUUCCCCAUCCCCAGAACCGCGACGUCUCCGCCGCCAACGUGAUCCGUGUGCUCCUCCUGCUGAAGCUGAUGGGCUUCGAGCGGCCGACCAAGCUGCAGCGGCCGCCAUGGCCGGCGGCGGCGGCGGGGCCGGGCUGAGAGCCUGAACGGCGCUAGCAGGGCGUGGGGCUGAGGGUGCACGUGUUGAUUGGCGGCGAGUGACGUGACUAGUUUGUUAGCUGCGGGUUAGCACGGACUGUGCACCCCACCCAACCGGCCACGUCCGGAUUUGCGGGGAUGCCAAAGGCGCCCAACAUAGAGGCGUGUGCUUAGUAGGCGCCCGCGUCAAGGUGGCUGGGUUGAUAACGACCCGGGAUCAGCCCUUUUCCUGCCAUAAGGCAGCCACCUCCUUGUUAGAGUUUUACAUGUCCUUGUGGAUACACGACAACUAGGCACGGAGGUAAGGGGGUUUGAAUUCGACACGAGUUGGUGUAAGCCCAUGACCCC